AUGGUCAAGCUUUCCCUCCUCGCCCUCAUCACCCCGGUGAUGGCCGUCAAUUGGGUCACCAUCUCGGCCAAGGGAGACGGAUCUUUCGACCAGUUCAACGCCUGGGCCAAGCGGACGUGCCAGAACGACCAGAAGGGACAGGUCUACAGCUCUUCUGACAUUUACGGCGACCUGUCGCUCAACUGCUACAACGUCCCGCAGAGCUGGUGCGACUCGUACAAGGGAGGCAAGAACUACCACCCUAGUGGAGUGUCUUUUACCAGCCCCAAGGCUGGAGCUUGCUAUCAGCAGUCAUAG